GAUUGGCAGCUGGUGGGCGGGGUUAGCGACCCGGCACGGUGCCGGACUGGUUCUGGUCCCGGGUCAGAGUUCGGCUGCAGCUCCGACACCACAGUAAACUAGUAGAGGAAAAAAAAAAAUCUCAGCACACAACGAACUCCAUUAAAAAAACAUCUAAUUUAACGUUGCCUCGCCUGCCUGCAAAGCUUCACAGCGUCGGAUGUGAAUGAAGACAGAUGUUCUGAUUAUGAGUUCCCUCUGGAAGAUUUAUUGAUUAUUUUAUGUUGAGUUUGUGCCGAAUAGAAGAGAAACCCAUAAGAGCUGCAGGAUGUCUGAAGAGGUUCCACAUGAGGGGGAGCAGCCCCAGUCCGAGUCCACCCAGUCCCCGUCCCAGGCCCAGUUCACCCAGUCCACCCAGUCCCCGUCCCAGGCCCAGUCCACCCAGUCCACCCAGUCCCCGUCCCAGUCUAAGUCCCAGUCCCAGCCUGGUUCCAGUUCUUCCAGUGCGCCGACCUCUGCCAGCCAGUCUUCCAGCGGCUCAGGGACGCUGAGCAGCGUGGACACCAUCCCCGUCACCCUGCCGUCCGUCCCCGAGGAGCCCGAACCACAACCCUGGGGCCGCCUGCUGCCCAUGGCCCGAGGCUUCAGGAGCCAUGACUGCUUGGAGGACCAGUACCUGUUUGGGCGGGACUCCAAGUGUAACUAUGUUCUGGACGAUCCGGAUGACCGAGGAUCCAAAAGGUUUAGAAUCUACAGCAAGAAACACUUCAGGAUCUACAGAGAGGGCAGCGAGGUGUUCGUGGAGGACUACAGUAACAACGGGACGUUUGUGGACGGGAACCUGAUCGGUAAAGACCGGAAGCUUCCUCUGGUCAACAACGCCGUGCUCGCCCUGUCUGAACCACGAAACAAAGUUUUUGUUUACAUAGACCUCAUGUCCGACGACCAGUCCAGCUUACCCAAAGAGCUUCGGGACAAAUACCUUCUGACAAGACGCAUCGGCACAGGAGUGUGCGGGGAAGUCAAACUGGCGUUCGAGCGUAACACCUGCAGGAAGUUCGCUGUGAAAAUAAUUCAGAAGAAGAACUUUCAGUCUGAAGGGACAGCGACACGGAACGCGAAGACAGAGAUCGAGAUUCUGCAGAGGGUCGACCAUCCUUGCCUGAUAAAGACGGAGGACUUCUAUCAGACGGAGGACAGUUACUACAUCGUGUUGGAGCUGAUGGAAGGGGGAGAGUUAUUCCAAAGAGUGAAGUCUCAGCAGCAGCUCGACGAGUCCGUCGCCAAACUCUACUUCUACCAGAUGCUGAGAGCCGUCCAGUACCUCCACAGUAACGGGAUCAUCCACAGAGACCUGAAACCAGAGAACAUCCUGCUGGCCUCACAGGACAGCGUCUGUCUCAUCAAGGUGACGGACUUUAACCAGUCCAGGAUCUUGGAGGAGGCCAUGUUGAUGAGGACUCUCUGUGGGACUCCUUCUUACUUGGCUCCUGAAGUCUUCACUAACGCCUCCACCACAGGAUAUGGCCUCGCCGUGGACGCCUGGAGCCUCGGAGUCCUGCUCUUCGUCUGUCUGGGCGGUUAUCCUCCCUUUCAUGAGAACUUUGGUCAUCAGUCCAUCACCGAACAGAUCAUUCGUGGCGAGUUCACCAUGGUUCCUUCCAAGUGGAGACACAUCUCUGACCAAGCCAAGGACAUGGUGAGGAAGCUGCUUGUUGUUGAUCCCAGUAAGAGGAUGACUAUAGAGGAGGCUCUGCAGCACCCCUGGUUACAGGAUCAAGAGAUGUUGGAGAAGGCGCAAAGACUCAUGUACCCUCCUGCUGAUGUGCCUGAUGCUCCUGCUGAUGCACAUGCUGCUCCUCCUCCUGCACCUCCUGCUGAUGCACCCGCUGAUGCUCCUGCUGCUCCUCCUGCUGAUGCUCCACCCCAGCCGGAGGCGGCGUCAACUUCAGGAGGCCCCCGGAGGAAACGAAGACGAGAUGGAGACAAAGAGGAGGAACAUCCUGCCAAACGGAGCCAAGCCCCGCCCCGUGCCCCACUGUAAAGGACCAAUCAGACUCAGCCAUCCUCAGGUCAUGUGCCUCAGCUACUUGUUCACUACUGGUACUGUAAAUAAUGUUUUCUAAUAAAGUUUUUUGUAUAUUUUC